AUGGGGAGGGCGCCGAGGGGUGUGUGGAACAUGGCGCUUCUGGGGCUGGCCGUCGCUGUGGUUCUUGCGGUGGCCACCGAGGCGCGGUCCUUGGAGAAGCAGAACCUGUGCGGUGGGUGCGGGCUUGGUGGCGGGGGAGGGUAUGGUGGCGGCGGCGGCGGUGGCCUUGGGCUUGGUGGUGGCCUUGGGCACGGUGGAGGGCUUGGGGUUGGGUUUGGAGGAGGGAAGGGUGGUGGUUUCGGUGGGGGUGCAGGCGGUGGAGGCGGCCUCGGUGGUGGAGCUGGAGGUGGCUUAGGCGGAGGCGGAGGGCUUGGUGGCGGUGAAGGAGGUGGUUAUGGUGGUGGUGCCGGCGGAGGUGCUGGUGGAGGCGGCGGCCUUGGGGGUGGUUCCGGUGGAGGUCUCGGCGGUGGUGAAGGCGGAGGCGGCGGGCUUGGUGGUGGUGCUGGUGGAGGCGGUGGCCUUGGUGGCGGAGGAGGAGCCGGGGCUGGUGGUGGUUACGGCGGAGGAGCAGGUGCAGGUGGUGGCACUGGCGGGGGGUAUGGCGGAGGUGCUGGUGCAGGAGGUGGCGCUGGAGGCGGCUAUGGAGGUGGUGCCGGUGCAGGAGGCGGUUACGGUGGAGGAGCUGGUGGGGGCACUGGUGGUGGAUACGGUGGAGGUGCAGGCGCAGGAGGUGGCUCCGGAGGCGGCUACGGUGGAGGAGCCGGCGGUGGUGCCGGUGGUGGCUACGGUGGAGGUGCUGGUGGAGGCUACGGUGGUGGUGCUGGCGCUGGGGGUGGCCUUGGCUCUGGCGGCGGCGGUGGUUACGGUGGUGGUGCCGGAGGUGGAGGUGGCAUCGGCGGCGGUGUCUGA